AUGAGUGACCCAAUAAAUGCAAACCCAACAAUCAUCGAUGUAAACAAUCUUCCUACCAGGUUGAACACACUGGAUGAAUCCUCCGUCGAGUUUAGGAAUACAAAACUCAUUUCAGAAAUCACAUCGCUUUCACUACCCAACUUACCUGAUGCAGAUGAUAUGUCAUCACUCGAAGAAUCACUUUCAUCAUCAUCACUAAGCUUUAGCCCAUCACCAGAUGAAGAAAUGGAUGAAACUACCAAAGAAGAGCCGUCUUCCAGUGCCGAUGACGAGGAGGAUCCCAUUGACGAGCAAGAAAUAUUCGACCUCAUAUCCACGAUAUCGGACCCGGAACACCCACUAACGCUAGCACAACUAGCAGUAGUCAACCUCCAAGAUAUAUCAAUCACACAAGCUCCACGUGAUCAAAUUUCAACGAUUACAAUCAAAAUCACACCUACUAUAACCCACUGUUCAUUAGCUACAUUGAUUGGACUAGGUAUACGGGUACGGUUGGAACGCAGUUUACCUGCCAGAUUCAGAAUCAAGAUUGUCAUAAAGGAAGGUACCCAUCAACUGGAACUGCAAGUGAAUAAACAAUUGAAUGAUAAGGAACGUGUUGCUGCUGCUUGUGAAAAUGAUCAGUUACUAGGCGUCAUUCUGCAAAUGUUGAGUAGUUGUAAGUAA